UUCGAUUCCAUUCAUGACGCUGAGUUUUCAGAAAAUCUGCGAUCUUCGUUGUCACGACCAGUCAUCCGCCUUGUCCACUUCCAUUCCAAUAACCUCCUUGGUUCCUUUGUCAACACAUUGCCGCAACCAUGAGCGACGAAGUCAAAUCAUCUGUGGAAGCCGAUUCAACUCUGUCUGACAUGGUAAGUCGUCCGAGCACCCGCAGAAGCACUGCUCAGCUACGAUUCUUGCCAAGAGAGAAACGAGAGCCUGGGGACAACACCGAUUCUUCGCAUUUGGCGCUGUCUACAACGGAAACCAGGUUGAGUGAUGGGACACAACAAAGUGGUCGUACUGGUACCGUUGCUUUGGGCCACGACGCCAUUCUGAGCUUGACAGAAACGUCAUAUCGUGAUGUCAACAAUGAUGGUCAGGCCAAGUCUCCUCUCGGAACCUCCAGUAAUGCGUGCAGUACAAAUCAAGAAAAGACACCAACACUCACAAGGACAGAGAGGGAAAACAAAGGAACUCCCACUCAUUCCCCUGAGCAUGCAACGGGUCCUCGUCAACCGCCAACUACUACUAGGGCAGAGCAAGAGAAUAAAAAGGACGCAAAAUCGAAGAAUGAAGAUCCGGAUCAACGGCACGUCCAUCAAGAAUUAAGCGCUACUGAUUUGGGAAUGAUCGUGGCAACCUCCAGCUUUCGUCACAGCAAUCGCAGCUCGUCAGAACCGACAGCAACGGCGGCAGCAGCAGAAUCCGAGCCAGGAGCGUUUCGACAAGGAGCAGGAUCCCUUAUUGGUGGCAGUUCCCAUACCAUAGUGUACAACAAUGAGGGUUCGGUUCUGAGACAACCAUCGGUCAAUGGACCGGAAUUGGUCACUGCCUUUAUUGUGGAGGAGAAUGAGCCGGAAAAGGACUUGGAAGCUGUCAAGGAGUCUCUUCGGAAGGAAUUACGAGAAGAAAUAAUGCAGGAUGUUGUGGAAGCAGACAAUGUCGAGGUGCAAAUUGCGCAAGAUGAUGGCCAAAACGCACAUGAGAGAGCUGCCGGCAAGAACCGCAGGAUGAUGAUUCUAGCUGGUCUUGCAGUCCUACUGCUGGUUGUCAUCAUUUCGGUUGCGGUAUCAGUGGGAUCCAAGUCGUCGGAUGGAAACGAAGAACAAGAACCGCAGGAGAUCUCUGUCAAUGCUACCGAUGCACCCACAUUGGCCCCAAGCAGUGCUCCCACCUUUUACUUUGACUUGGCGCUCAUGGAAGGACUGCCGAAUUUCACGUUGGCAUCACUCCAGAACCAAACCUCCCCGCAAUCCAUGGCCUACCAAUGGGUAAGCAGUGAUCCAGACCUCUCUUCAUACAACAAUAGUAGGCGUCUUCAAAGGUUUGCCCUGGCCACACUCUACUUUGCAACCGAAGGGGAGAAGUGGGAGGAUCAGAACUGGCUCCAUUAUGGGUCGGAGAAAAAUGAGUGCACAUGGUUCUCUCAGGAGGAUGAAACACAUUAUCCUGAGUUUUCAUCCAAAUACUAUCUCAAUCAUUGUUCCAAUGACAUGGAGUACGUGUUUCUCACACCAUGGGACAAUGGCUUGGGUGGGACUCUCCCACCAGAGUUGAGUCUUUUGACGAAACUCCAAAUCAUGGACUUGUCAUAUGGCGCAAAGGCUGGAACCAUCCCAACAGAGCUUGGCCUUUUAACUGAUCUGCGCCAGCUCUGGUUUGUUGAGAUGGGGUUGACAGGGACAGUCGCAACAGAACUGUUCUCUUUGACGAAACUCAAGCGUUUUAGUGUGGAAUCAACCCCCGUCUCUGGUUGGAUUCCCACUGAAGUUGGCCAGCUUACAAGCCUGGAGCUGCUUUCUUUGUAUGACAUGGAUUUGGAGGGGCCAAUUCCAUCCGAAAUCGGACUGCUUUCUCAUGUUGUCUGGGCCUAUGUUGAUAGCAACCGAUUGACAUCAACCAUACCCACUGAGUUUGGAUUGGCAACAUCUCUGGACACAUUUGAGGGUUACAACAACCAACUCACGGGCACACUUCCAUCAGAACUGGGCCAGUUGCAGGUUUUGGAUCGAUUUCUUUUGUAUUCCAACCAGUUGACUUCGACCAUCCCAAGUGAACUGCGAGGUCUGCCCUUUCUUUCCGAGUUGCAACUAGAUGACAACUUUUUGGAAGGAAAUGUGGACAACAUGACUUUUGCUAGCCAGCAGCUCAAGACUUUUCAUAUCCAAGGGAACAUCAUGUUGACUGGAACGAUUCCCACGGGGCUCUGCAUGCUAGGAGAUGGGCUUGAGUUUGACUGUUCACCCGGGCAUCUCUGUGGUUGCUCCUCCUGUGAUUGUGAUCUGUUCAAUAAUUCCGCAGCACCAACAUGGAAUGUGACUGGUGAUGAUCUAUCUGUUUAAUUAUUCUGCCACCCCGCACCAAUGUGGAAUGUGACAGAUGACUUGGAAGGAAUCUUAAUUUGAUCCAGCCAAGCAUUUACCCGGGAACAAUAAUAGGCAAAGUGAAUGCUGGUGAUGCCGAGGUAUCGCAGCUCCCGCUGACUUAUUCAUUUCCGGCUUCCGUAGAUAACCACCCCACUCUAGCUAGACCCCAUAUACUACAAACAGGCAGCAGCAUCAUAACGGGAAGAGUCCUCUCCAUUGUGUUUUGGAAGACACAGUAGCUAUGGCAGCUAUUGAAAGUGGUCAAGAGGUGCUAGAUUUUACGAAAUUAUGUUGCAAAGUAAGCAAGAACAGUCGUCCAUAAUUGACACAGCGUUGUCGUGGACGCCUUGUGUACACAAUGAGACAUGCAUCGUUCUAGAUCGAUAUGAGCCUUCCAGGCAUCUGUAUGCCAUAACUGGCGGGGAGACCAGUUGGUGUGUCUUGAGACAUGAUCCGCAUGCCGCCUCGAUGGCUGUUCGGGCAGGACUGAUCUGAGUAAGGAUAUUUGAGGCGACUGAUCUGAUGAUGGCAGGGCACCCAAGGCGAAAGUCUGCAUCCAUGAUAACUUCUCUCCAUAUCUGGUUGGAAAGCGAUGUUGUGGACGAAUGCUUCAACCACGUUGUGUGGCUGGAGUUUCUCCAAGAGCUGCAUUGGCUUUGAAUGGAUUAGGCGUUGCUUUGACUCGAAAACCCCAUGGAGUUGUGACGUCCAGCAAGCUCCAACUGAUCAACCUUGGCAUAUGCACCCCAUCGGCCAAAAUAAUCUUUUGCUUGAGACAUGUAGAGCUCAGCCUCCACCCCGCGAUUGUUACACUGCUGGCACAUGCGGCCAGCCAACUCAAAGGCAAGGCCUUGCUCAUGAGUGAAACCUUGGUCAUUCGCAAGAUCGACAGACUUGUGAAACAGUAACAGGGCUGUCUCUUCCUGGCCACGAGCUGCAUGGAUUUGGGCAUCCAACAUAAAAGCUUUGUUUCUCAUGAUCGAGUCAUCCUUGUCCACCGAUCGAAGUUUGCGCAGAAUCUUCUGGGCUGCGUUCAACCUGAUGCGCUUCUCUCGGCAGUCAACCUGCGAUGCCAACACUGCCGAAGUAAGCCCAUCAUAGAAGAGAAGUAGAUUCUUCAAUAGACCAGGAAGGACCAGCCUUUUUGUGAGCCUCUUGAAUUGGCAAAUGAGCGAGUCCGCAGAGUGGAACCUGUCCAUGUGGAUGCAAACGAAGAUUCGGAGAAGGAGGGUCCACAACUCAGAGGACAGGUCGUGAUCCAUGCUCAGAGACCGGGC